GACACGAUGCUUCCCCCCUGCGAUCCCACGAUUCUAGAAAACAAUUCCCAAUUUAAGCGGCUCUACCAGAACCUCACAACGAACCUACUCAACCCCGAUGGCUCCACCCGCACCAAUGAUUUGCAGCCGGCGCGACGAGAAGUACGGGAGGUGUUGAAUGAAUGCCGGUUACGACACGCCAAAAGACACAUCAAGAGGCAGAUCCUGCGGCAGCUGGCCUUUGACCCUGACAGCGGAGUCCCCGAUGACUACCGGGAGACAGCAGCCAUAAUCACCCUAUACCUCGAAUCAUCCCCAACCCAACUCGACAGUGACGUCGACCCCCGCGAUGGCGCCGACGCGUUAUCUCUCCUCGGCCCCGACAUCGACGCCUUCUACGCCGAUCUCCCAAUCCUGAUGCCCUCGUUCGCCAACGCCUUGUCAGCCACCGUGCAGGAUCUCCGAGCGAUCGUCAACGCAGGCGACAGCCACGCGCGGGCUCCACCCCCACCGUCGGAGACCUCGCGAGCGCGUGCCCGGAACCGCCAGUCCAUGAUCCGGGCCGCGGCGCAGGCGCCCCUUGCGCCCCAGAUCUCGGAUCGCACUCGACACGUGCGUCGCAUGCAGUUGUCUGAGAUACCGGCGUCCCGGGCUCGAUUGGCGACGACGGCGGCGGAGGUUCUUGCGGCUAAGGCGCAGGUCCUGGAGCGCGCGGUGGUUCUCCUCGAGCGGACGAAACAUGGGGCGGUGGCACGGGCUACGAAGGCGAAGGCGGAACAUCUGGCGAUGGUUGCAGAGGGUGUUGAUGGGAAGUUAAGUGUCAUGCAACUGGAGACCUCCGCGGCGAUCAACACUCCCGAGAUCGUCACUGCGCUGGGUCGGUACCAGGAACAUCUCAAGGAGACGCGAGAGCGCGUGGAGAGACAAAAGGCUCGACUGCUGGAGGAGCUCGACGGGUACCAGACUGCGGACACGGAGUCCGGACCGAUCAAGGAGAUCGCGCGCCGGUAUGGGGGGCUGAUCAAGGAGAUGGAGGGAGUCCGGAUGGAGAUCGAGAGGUUGAGGGAGAAGUAGCGCUGCAUUUACAUACCACACCAUCCAUAUACCCAUUUCAUGACCAUCAAC